AUGCAGAUUUUCAGUAAUCUGAACUUGAGGAACAAUGUGCCGAAAUCCUCGCCGUGUUUAUCAUUGACAAAUGAUCAGAUACAACAGCAUUUCAAGUAUAAUUACCACAAGGAUCUCUGCAUGUCUGCACAACGAGCUACAAAAUGCAGUGCUGCAGGCGAGGCUACAGAAGCUGAGGUUGCCAACAAGGCAACUCCGAACAUCGACGAAGCAGGCCAACUUUACAAAACAAAAGUUAUCUCAAAUAAGACUCUUGUUGGCCCCAAAGACGAGCUGGGAGAGAUUUGCCAUAUCAUACUCGAUCACGGAGGCAAAUUUCAUUUCGUGGAAGGCCAAUAUCUUCGAGUAAUUUUACAUCCGGGUGAUGAUAACGUUUUCUCCAUUGCAUCAUGCAGAGAUGGAGAUUCUUCUGAUGGCAAGACACUCAGUUUGUGUGUUCGCCGUGCAGAACUGUCACCGCAUAGUGUCAGUGACUUCCUCUGUAACUGUAAAGAAGGAGAUAAAGUUGAUAUUAAAGGCCCUUUUGGGAACACAAUGAUAUUCCCAGAUGAUCCAGAAGCCAAACAUAUCAUGAUUGCAACGGCAACUGGUAUUGCUCCUUUCCGCGGCAACACUCAGCAAUUGUAUGAGACGGCCUUGAAUAACUCUGUGGCUGACUGCAUCUAUGUGAACGGUGAUGAAAUUUUCACGCUUUUGGAUAAAGGUGCAUAUAUAUAUUUCGCUGGAUCAAAGACAAUGAUGCUUGGAAUUCUGGAGACAUUUCAGAAAAUGGCUAAGGAAAGAGGUGUGAUUUGGGAAGAGAUGUUAGCCCGGCUGAAGAAAAAUAAUCAAUGGCGUGUUGAAGUUUACAAGAUCAUAACUUCAAUCCAAUGGUUUUAUGUUAAAUCAGUUGUGGCAAUGGCAUUGAGUAAUGCCUUUUAUUCAUCAUGUAUAGUUUAA